AUUCUGAAACAUGCACCCCACGUUGUGUCAACCAUCCAAAACCACAGCAAACCUUAAACACACACACACCCUCCAAUCUUAACCAUUAAUCAAUCAAUCAAUAUAAUCCCAAACUUCAAUUUGCCUCCUUUUCUUCAUUCACCCUCCUCCUCCGUCCUCUUCUCAUUCAAUUCUAUUCCCCUCAACAAAAUCUCUCCCUCCCCAUUUUAAUGCUUUUCUGAAUCCCCAUCUGCAAUCCGGCUAGCUUGAAUCAGAGAAGAUGGUUCAGGCAAUCAAGGCAGACGCGGGGAGCCAGAAUACGGGCAAUAAUGGCAAACGAUCAGACCAGGAGAUGAUGAAGGAGAGGUUUGCAAAACUGCUUCUUGGUGAGGAUAUGUCGGGCGGGGGAAAGGGCGUUUCGUCUGCUUUGGCUUUGUCAAAUGCAAUCACAAAUACAGCAGCUUCUGUUUUUGGAGAAAUAAAGAGAUUGGAGCCAAUGGCACCAGAAAGGAGAGCAAGGUGGAGAAAGGAAAUAGAUUGGCUUUUAUCUGUUACAGACCACAUUGUUGAACUUGUCCCUUCCAAACAAACAGCAAAAGAUGGAACACCCAUGGAGAUUAUGGUAACUAGGAAGAGAAGUGAUCUGCAAAUGAACAUCCCAGCGCUGCGCAAGCUAGACGGGAUGCUCAUUGAUUGUCUGGACAGCUCUAAGGAUCAAAACGAGUUCUACUAUCCAUCGAAGGAUGAUGGUGCACAGAAAGGAAAGAAUAGCAGGAAAGACGACAAAUGGUGGAUACCAACUCCUCAGGUCCCGCCUAAUGGCUUGUCUGAAUCUUCGAGGAAAUGGUUACAGGCUCAGAAGGAUGCAGUAAACCAAGUUCUCAAAGCAGCCAUGGCCAUAAAUGCUCAAGUUCUUGCAGAAAUGGAGAUCCCGGAGAGUUAUAUAGAAUCUCUGCCAAAGAAUGGUAGAGCCACCCUGGGAGACUCGAUAUACAAGAGCAUCACGGACGAAUAUUUUGACCCUGAUUAUUUUCUGUCCUCGAUGGGGUUGUCUUCAGAACAUAAAAUCGUAGAACUUAAGAAUAAGAUUGAAGCAUCUGUAGUGAUUUGGAAAAGGAAGAUGAUCUAUAAAAAUGAAAAGUCGAGCUGGAGUAAAGCUGUCAGUAUGGAAAAACGAGAGAUCUUUGAAGAUAGAGCAGAGACUAUAUUGCUCAUUAUCAAGCACCGAUACCCUGGAGUCCCUCAAUCUUCACUAGAUAUCAGCAAAAUCCAAUAUAACAAGGAUGUUGGGCACGCAGUGCUGGAGAGCUAUUCGAGAAUAAUUGAAAGCCUGGCUUACACGGUCUUGUCAAGAAUAGAAGAUGUUAUUCAAGCAGAUGCUGCUACACAAGGUACCCGUGCCAGCAAAAAGAAGAGUUAUUCUCUAAAAGAAGCUCCAAAUGCUAAAGACGCAAAUGCAUCAAUGACACUGUGGGAUUUCAUGGAUUGGGAGAAGUUGGAUAAAGGAGAGGCCAAUGCAAAGAAAGGAGCUAAGGAUCGAUCGGCAAAAGACAGAGACGCAAAGCUCCUAAGUAAACCACCCAGCUUAGUAAUAACCACCAGCAAGAAAACUUCCUACUUGGAAAACUUAGCGGGCUCCAAAAGUCCUACAGCACGCCACUAAAUAUUUUAAAACUGUGCAAUGCUGGUUAGCUCAGAUCAGGAGCCUGGAAUCUCGACUUAUGGUAGGAGACUAGGAGUUCAUCAAGAUUGACAAGGCUCGGGCUGAGAUGUAUAUAUCAAGAUCGGUUCAUGCCUCGUAGGAUUUGAGUAUUUGACCAAGUUAUUCCUUGUGUAAUUUUGGAAAGCACAGCCGUUUUGGAUAUUCCUUACCCUAAACAAAACUCACCUUCCAAAGAGUUCCAUCUAGCUUACAAUUAGUCGUCUAUGACCUUGUAGAAAUUGGAGAGAUAUAGAUUAUAGUAUUUGUAUUGUUUUUGUUUUGGAUAUUCCAUACCCUAAAUAGAUUGUUUGGUUUGAUA